GGGCGCGGCUGUAACGUGCCCUGGCGAAGCCGCCGGAAGCGCUGCCUGGAGCGGCGAGAGCUGGGAGCCGCGGCAGUAUACAUGAAGCUUAAUAUCUGAACCUGCUAUGACUGACCCGGACGUCCUCACUGAGGUCCCAGCAGCUCUUAAACGCCUCGCUAAAUAUGUGGUGCGUGGCUUUUAUGGCAUUGAACAUGCUUUGGCUCUGGACAUUCUCAUCAGGAACCCCUGUGUGAAGGAAGAAGACAUGUUAGAGCUUCUGAAGUUUGAUAGGAAGCAGUUGCGCGCUGUCCUCAACACCCUGAAGGGUGACAAGUUCAUCAAAUGCAGGAUGAGGGUAGAGACAGCUCCAGAUGGCAAAACCACUCGUCAUAACUACUAUUUCAUCAACUACCGCCUUCUGGUUAAUGUGGUGAAAUACAAGCUGGACCACAUGAGGAGGAGAAUUGAGACAGAUGAAAGAGACUCCACCAAUCGCGCCUCGUUUAAAUGCCCCAUUUGCUUCAGCACCUUCACAGACCUGGAGGCCAACCAGCUGUUUGAUGCCAGGACAGGAACCUUCCGCUGUACUUUCUGUGAGACCGAAGUAGAAGAGGAUGAGUCGGCAAUGCCUAAAAAGGAUGCAAGGACACUCGUGGCAAGAUUUAACGAGCAGAUUGAGCCCAUCUAUGCUCUGCUUCGUGAGACGGAAGAUGUAAACUUAGCCUAUGAAAUCCUCGAGCCGGAACCUACAGAGAUUCCUGCCCUGAAGCAGAGCAAGGAGCGCGCAGCUGGUGCUGGUUCAGGAACAGCAACUGGUCUUGCAGGUGGACACCAUCGAGAAGCCUGGACUACAAAAGGGCCAUCGUAUGAGGACUUGUAUACCCAGAAUGUUGUCAUCAGCAUGGAGGACCAGGAGGAUCUUAACCGGUCUACAAGCGAAGGAAAGCCGCCCAGAGAAAGACCUGUUUGGCUGAGGGAAAGCACAGUGCAGGGGGCUUAUGAUCCUGAUGAAAUCAAAGAUGGAGGCCGGGAUCUGGAUGCCUUCCAGGAGCAUGAGGAGGGCCGGGCAGCUCUGGAUGAUAACGAGGAGGUGAUGCGUGCCCUGCUUAUCCACGAGAAGAAGACGCCUUCUGCUUCAACAGUCACAGUUGGAGGCGCUGCUCCUCUCUCCAGUGUCAAUGCUAGUGACUCUGAGAGCGAGACAAGCGAGUCAGAGGAGGAAUCUCCUCCCCGCCCUCCUCCUGUGCCCACCACAACCUAUGGGCUGGAGGAUGAAGAAGAGGAUGAAGAGUUUGAGGUGGUAGCAGAAGACCCCACUGUGACAGUGGCUGGGCGUCCUCACACGUACAGUCAAGUGAGCCAACGCCCUGAGCUGGUGGCACAGAUGACACCAGAGGAAAAAGAGGUUUACAUAGCCAUGGGGCAACGCAUGUUUGAGGACAUGUUUGAUUAGCUGCUUCCAGCCAUGCCCUUUGUAAACAGUGACUUUUUAGGCCAGAGUCUCCCUAGUAAAGGAGCAGAUGAAGUGCGUCUUUCCACCCCUGUGUGCAGGGGCACCAGGGCUUGGGACUGCCAGUUUUGGGCAUCUUGCUUACCCUAGGUGCGGAGCUCGAAGGCUGCUUGUGCCAAACAGGUAGAGGAGGGCAAGACUUGGAAGUGAGCAUGCUCACAAGGUAAAAAUCAGCUUCACGAUGCCCUGCACAGGCACUGCUUUAAUCUUCUCCAAGGGCCCAGCAGCUGCCUCCCCCUGAUUUCUAUGAGUGGAUGUUUUUUUGGUAGAUCUUAGUGCAGUCCGCAUCCCUGCUCCCAGAGAACACAAGGGCUCCAUAGCCUGAUGACAGUACUCUGCAGUCACAUUACAGCUGCCUGUGUUCAGUGAGGGGAGAGGGAAAGGACGCAGUUGUCUGCUGGUGGCACACCUUCUAGCAGCUGCUGACACUGGAGUGGCUAUUUUUAAGAAGGCCUGUAAACAACAACGUUUUUUUUUCUUGCUCCCAUUUAGUCCUUACUGUGUCUCAGCACCUCCCAUUCAGAUAUAACUCAAAACAUGCAGGGUGACAGCCUGGGCAGGCACACGCCCUCAGUCUCUGUCAGCAGUACGAAAGCCCUCCACGAAUCUGAGGUUUUGGAGUGCUCUGACUGAUCAGGAGAUACCUUCAGUGUUGCUUCCUGUUGUUUCUGCCUAGCCCUGCCUCAGCUCCAGUGUUGCAGACAGUUCAUCCCGAGCAGGACCACAGCCAAGGCAGUGCCAGGGAAAGAGCACAGGCAGUUUUGAUUGCAGCCACAGCAGGGCAAUCUCAUUUUUAAAAGAAUUAUGAAUUCUGCUUGAGCACACUUAUUACCACAGGAAAAACAUUGAUCAGUGCCUACAGAGCAAUUCCAGAGUUUUUUAGUGUCCUUUCUCUCUUGAUUGAAAAUGUUGGGGAUUUAAAAUUACGUUUUCCUAUCCAGUCCUAAAAUGAUAGAAGAAUUCUGUGUUCCAGAGGACAGGGGCAGUAUUAAGAUGCUGUCCAUUUACAUGGGUAGCAUGAACCUGCUGUUCACUGAGACUGUAAAUCUGUUUUGUACUGACUCUGCUUUAUGUAUUCUGCUAACCUUGUAAUGCCUCCUUUGUGGUUUUACUUUACAGCUUCUGCAAAUUUCGAAUCCACUCUCUUUUUUAAGUGUUUUAAGUCAUUUUAAAGAGGAAUAAAUAAAGAGAAAGCUUCUGCCCUUUGUCAUCUUCCAA